AUCAAGUAUCUCAGGUGACACCUGACCCAAAAACAAUGUGGAAACCAGAUUUGGUUAUACUUAACAGCGCCGAGAGCUUCGAGUCGUGGAGCAGACCUGUGAUUACACUUUACUGCGAAGAGUAUGAUAACACAUCAAAUCAGUCUGGUCGCUGCAUCCGGAGUUACCCUCUGGUCGUGUUUCCCUACGCUCUGACGGAGACCACUCGCUGUGUGUUUGAUGUCACCGAUUUCCCGUUCGACUCUCAGAAGUGUCAUAUUGAUCUUGGACCUUGGUAUACGUCACUUCUCCCGGGACCAACGGGGAUGCCCGAUAGUUUAUCCACGCCUUACUUUGUCUUCCAUCCGAAUGAGGGCAGCAAUGAGACUGACAUGUCCCUGAGUGCAUAUACUCCGAGCUCACAAUGGGAGGUUGAGAAGGUGACUCGAGAGAGGAGGACAAGGAGAGCAUACAUGGGCAGAUUGAGUGAGUUCAUGCUGCUGAGAUACACAAUCCACAUGAACAGACGACCCACCUUCUUCAUCAACACUCUCCUCUUGCCAUGCCUCAUAUUGACACUCCUGACUGUGUUGUCUGUGUUCCUUCCUGUGGAAAGUGGGGAGAAGAUCAGUCUGGGAAUCACAAUCAUGCUCGCUCAGGUGGUCAAUCUACUUAUCUUGUCCAGUAUACUUCCAGCUUCAUCACUGCAUUUCCCGGUGUUAGUGAUUGUUUCAGGGCGUUAUUUCCUGGUGACAAUUGGCCUGAUUGGACUGUCUCUUGUAUACAACUGUGCAAUCACAAACUACUUUUACAACGAUCACAUAAGCAUCCUCCGAAAGCUGUUCGACCGGUUCUUCAUCAUUAUAAGUAAAGACCCAGGAGAAAAUGUCAAAUCAGCUAACUUUGAAAAUAACACAAAGAACCUAAACGAGACUGGAGAUGGAGCAUAUGAAAAUGAAGCGGUCUUGGAGAGAUCAGAGACCGGCUUGAGCAAUUCGAGAUGUUCAGUCUUGAAAGGGAGCGACAGCGAAGAAAGCGAUCAGUCAAAUGCACGCCGCAAAAUAUCUGCAUCAUGUGAUAUGGGUUUUGGGAUAUUCAUGUUGGUGUUCAUUGCAGUGAUCCAUGUUUUGUUCUUCUGGAAACAUGUUGUCACCUGAUAAAAAUUAGCUAAAACUUUGUAAUUGACAACUUGGCUGAAAACUUAAGCCAUUGGUUGAUUACGAUUUAGCAUGCUGUUUGUUUGUUUGCUCAAUUUUAACAAAAGUUUGAACCAUUGUUCAAUUUUUAGAAGAUUGUGUAUUUUCUGCCAUUCAUGAUAAUAGGAUUUCCGGGAAUUACUCUUUGUGCAGUAAAAAUAGUAUCAUGUAAUACAAUCUCAACCCGUACCAGGAAAGCUACAGGCAGCUCACAUUUAUCUUGCUUACAAG